AUGGCCCAUCAUGCCUUUGGCGGCGUGCUCGACACACCACGAAGCAAUGCCGGCGACGCGACGUAUCUUAGCCGACUGCCCGAUAUCUCAGACAUUUCUCCCGAAGCAUCGUUUAUAGCUCCAGACAAGGACGACGAUUUGCUACAGCGACUCCGCAAUGGCAAGCGCUCCAACUUCAGAACCCCCCGCCGCAAGGGACCGCUUGUGGAUCGUCCAAAUCUACCGACGAACAUUGGAGGCGGAGAAUUCACACCAAUGCUCAAGUCCGCUACAUUGAACAGCACAAGGAGGAAUGGAAAAGAGAACAAUACCGCCGCAAGCACCACUCCGGCUGCGCUGAGGACAAUCGACGAAGACGAAAUGACACCACUUCCGCGAAUGGACUUUUCCGUCGCAUCAUACCUCGAAACACCACAAAUUGCCAGCAGCAUCUCUUCAACGCCCAUAGGCCCCCCGCCGCGCAGGAAUGGAGAUAUGGGUCCUCUGCAGGACGGCAAGCAACUAUCUUUAAGAGAACAAGAAAACGUCAUUGACAAGAUCGAGAAGGAGAACUUUGGUCUCAAGCUGAAAAUUCAAUUCUUAAAUGAUGCCCUCAUGAAAUCAGGCCCUGGCUAUAAUGAAGCAGCUCUCAAGGAAAACACGGAGCUCAAAGUGGAAAAGGUCACUAUGCAACGCGAGCUUCAACGACUGAAGAAGCAGAUCACCACUGUCGAGCGGGAUCUCGAAAAGUCUCGCCACCGAGGGCUAGAGUUAGAGGAAAGCGCAAAAAAGAAGCAUGCCAACUCCAGGGACGCGCAAACCGAGAUGGAUACAUUACGACAGAAUCUCCAAGAUCGCGAGACCGAUAUUGAGGAACUGCAGCGCCAGAUUUCCGAGGGUCAAGAUCAGGAUGACAGAGUAGAGAUCUUGCAAGACGAGAUUGAGGAUCUAAAAGCAGAGAUCCGUGAGAAAGAAGUCAUAAUCACAGAUCAGGAAGAACGACUGGACACGUUACAACAGACACUCCAGGACUUCGAGUCCGAGAUGGAUAAACUUCAAAACCAAGUUUCUCAUGGCGAAGACGGCGAAGAGAGAAUCAAAGAGUUGCAGGAUAAUAAUGAAGAGCUUCAAGCCGAGCUCCAAGCUCGCGAGACUAAUAUCAAUGAACUAGAGGCCAAAAUUGAGGACUUUGAAGCCGAGCUUCAAAAUCGCGACGCCAAUAUCACUGAAUUAGAGGGCACGAUUGAGGAACUUGAAACCAAGCUCAUUGAGAAGCAAACAUUACUGAGAAAGCGCCAAGAAGAUGUAGAUACACUGCAACAGAAUCUCCAAGCUGUCGAGUCUGAGAGAGAUGAGUUACAACUGCAGGUUUCUCAGGGACGAGGUCAUGAAGGUCAAGUUCAAAGCCUACAGUUUGAUAACAAACAACUCAAAACCGAGCUCCGUGAGAAGCAACGCAUAAUCCAAGACCAAGAGAACAAGCUCUACGAUCUCGAAGAGACGAAGAGGAAGCUGCAUUCUGCCUUGUCCCAAAAGGAAAAGGCAGAAAUGGUUUUGGACGAGUUCGAAGAAGAGAGGGCGAAUACGUCCUUCGUUCCCAAAGGGCUAUCUCGGCAGCGUGAGCAGAGGAUCGCUCAACUUCAGGCCCAGUUUGCAGCGUUGGAGAAGAAGGCGGCCAAGCUAGCCAUGGAUAACAACAAUCUCCAAGCGACCGUACAAGAGUAUGCUGCAAUUGAGCAAGAGGCCGCAACACUGCUUACGGAAAUUGAAAAGCUCCAAGCAGCCAACGACAAUCUCCAAGCGGUCAACAAGGAUCUCCAGGCGACCAACAACAAUCUCCAAAAUACCAAUGACAAUCUCCAAACCACCAACGACAAUCUCCGAGCUAACAAUAGCAAUCUCCAAGCAACCGUGCAAGAGCUACGACAGAAGCACAGCGGCUUUGAACAGAAUGGCUUCGGUCAAAUCGGCUUUGGGCAAAAUGCUUUUGGGCAGAAGAACGGUUUUGGGCAGAAUGCUUUUGGACGCAGCGGCUUUGGGCAGAGCGGCUUUGGGCGCAGCAGUUUCGGGGUCUUUGGACAAGGCCAACAAGAUUUUGAGCGCCAAAAAUUGGAGGCCGAAGUCUACAGUUUGGAAAAGAUGCUUUCCGAGGAAAAGAAAAAGGGCCUCGACCACCAAAAGUUGGAAGCCGAAGUUCACAGCCUGGAGAAGAUGCUCGCUGAGGAGAAGAAGAAGAGUGGCGAAACCGAGGAAGAGAUACGAGCCCAGUACGAGGACGAAAUCCAGAGGCUAGACGACGAGAUCUCGAAUCAUCAGGCGGAGAUUUCGGAUCUCAAGACGGAAAUUUCCAACCUGGAGGCAGAGGUCUCGGAUCUGAGGGCGGUGAUUCGGGAAAAAGACAGCCUGUAUGAUAACGACAGUACAGAGUGGGAGACCGAGAAGCGGAUGCUCCAAUCAAGGCGAGAGCAAGCCGAGCAAAGGGCUGCCGGUCUUCAGCGUACAGUAGAUCGUCUACGCCAAGCUGAGGGCUCUCUAUCCAGCAAAGAGACCAAGCUUCAGGAGGUGAUGCAAAGCGAAGCUGAUCGCCACCGAAGCGAGGAAGGCGUACUCAAUCGUCAAAUCGACAGUCUUCAGGAAGCGUUGGAGACGCGCCAGGGCCUUUUGACCCAGAUCCGCAGUGAGCUAUCUACUGUACGCGAUGAACUGCGCCAGACGAAGAUCGACUAUCAGGCGCAGGUCAACAGGGUCGAGGAACUCGAAAUACGCGGCGCUGCCGAGAACAAGGCAUCGCAGACCAUCAAGCAGCUCCAGCAAAAGCUAAUCGACAUCGAGGACGAAAAGUCUGCCAUGGAAGAGCUGCUCGAGAAGGCCGAAGAGGAUGCCGAGGAAAUGUCAGCCCAGCACGAGCUCGCCAUGCAGCGCGUUGUACAAAAACUGGAAAAGGUCAAGCGUGAGCGUGAUGCGGCCACUGCAUCUCGUACGGAAACCAACAAGCAGAGCCAGCAGCUGCGAGUGAGCCAAGCUGAGCUUGAAAGCCUCGAGCACGACGUUUUGCAGCAGGAGAAGCUCAUCGAAAACCUCGUCGCAUCAGAGGCCGCCUUGCGACUGAAGCUCGAACGCACCCGCAGCGAGCGAGCAGCGUAUCGCGUGAGCGCCGAGAAGCUGCAGAAAGACCUCCAGCUCCUGAAGAAGGAGGCCCAGGAGGUGCAGAGGCAGCGUCACCAUCGCGGCAGCGCUGACGAGGUGCUGAACACCAUCGUGAGGGCGGCCGAGAACACAGAGGCGCAGCACAGGCAGAAGUCGAGCGACAUGAUGCUCCAGAUGGAGUUUAUGCAUGCUCGGUGGGAGCGUGAAGCGGCUCUUCGAAAGGACGUCUCGUAUGCAAAGAAGUUCGUUCAGCUGCAGCUCGAUGUCGCAAUGGCCUGUAACAAAGCUCAAGUCCGUGAGUUACAAAAGGCCCGCGCCUACGUCCUUCAAAGCCGCCAUCCCGUUUCCAUACCCGAACUUCCCUCGCCCACCCAGUCUCCGACAACUCUCAAGGCCUUCCUCGUCAUGGCCCGCUUCAUCGCUCGCAUGCGCAUCGCCGCGCGCAAGUGGGCUCCCCAAGAAGAUGCUCGCAAACAGCUCCGCCUGGAUAUCAGGGAGAAGCGUCGUGAUAAGCGCAUGAAGCUUCUCAGCGCCAUCCCUGUCGAGGCUCUCUACUAA